GUGCCAUUCGCGUCCUGUUUACCUCGUAAAAACGAUAAAAGGCGAAGUUACACGAAAAUGUUUAUGACCUUGAAACUAAUAUUUGACACCAAGUUAUAAUACAUACUAUUCAUUUAAAAUAAAAAUUAUAUAAAAUUACUAUUUUAAAUAAAACAGCUGGUCUAGAGUGCUGCAUGCAUGUAGGGGUCACAGACUGACAGUAAGUUACGCGUGCAGUCAUUUCUUGGUCAGUUACUGCGAUUAUCUAUUCUAAAUUGCUUCAUAUUAUGCCGAGCCGCUUAAAUGGGUUGGCAGUCUCGAACCCGAACCCUGCAGGUGUUUGACACGGAGUUGAGCGCUGAUACCGUGGAGUGGUGCCCAUUACCACAGUGCUCUCAUGUUCUGGCAUGUGGGACUUACCAACUUCAAAAAGGCGAUGAGAAGCAAACCGCAGAAAACUGUACUGCACCGAGCAGAAUCGGUCGACUUUAUCUGUUUGACUGUAAUCCGCAGCCAUCGUUCAUCCCUCUACUGACUGAGACUCAGCGGAUAGACACUCCUGCUAUACUCGACCUCAAAUGGUGUCACGUGCCGAUAUCAGAGCGCCCGUUGUUGGGUAUGGCCACUGCAAGUGGAGAAAUUCAGUUGUACAAGCUUAUGGAAUCUCAGCAGGGCACAUGUGGUCUGGAGUACGAGUUGAGCACAGGGUUGGGUCCUGACAGACUGGCCUUGUCUUUAGACUGGUCCAGAGGGAGAGGUGAGAGCAGUGAUGUGCGUGUGGUGUCCAGUGACUCGAGCGGCUCUCUCACAGCGCUGUCUCUAGGGGAAGCCAGUUUAACUGCUGUGUGUCAGUGGAAAGCUCAUGACUUUGAAGCCUGGAUCUCAGCAUUUAGUUACUGGGAUACACAGAUUGUUUAUUCAGGUGGUGAUGACUAUAAACUAAAGGGCUGGGAUCUGAGAAUGGGUCCCUCUUCCCCUACCUUCACCAGCAAGAGACACACUAUGGAAGUAUGCAGCAUACACAGUAACCCCCAUCGAGAGCACAUACUAGCCACAGGAAGCUAUGAUGAGAACGUGUUGCUCUGGGACGGGAGGAACAUGAAGCAGCCCUUGAGUGAGACUGCAGUGGGUGGAGGUGUGUGGAGACUCAAGUGGCACCCCAGUCAAGAGCACCUGCUUCUAGCUGCAUGUAUGCAUAAUGAUUUCCAUAUUCUCCACUGCCAGAAAGCUAUGGAGGGACAAGAUGCACCAUGCCCAGUUCUGGCCUCCUAUAUUCUACACAACUCCUUGGCAUAUGGAGCAGAUUGGUCCAGACUCCCCCUAAGCAACUCCACACCCCCCUCUCCUCAAGAACCUCCCCAAACCAGCGUUGGGCUCACAGAGUCUGGAGGUCAUCUCAGGAUCCAGUAUGAAUCUCCCACCGCCAGCUUUGACACCUCUCUGGAGGAUGACUCGGGGCAGUACCUACCUGACCAGUGUUCUUUACCAGAAAAAAGUUCAGUUCCAGACCCCGUCUCCCAGUCUCUGUCUUGCCUGAUGGCUACCUGCUCCUUCUACGACCACAUGAUGCACGUGUGGAGAUGGGACUGGAGCCCAGAGGACAAACAGAAGCCAUCUGAACCCGUCCCCUCUUCCUGAACGCAGCUGAUGCGAUGGGCUUUAAAAACCUUUUAAGUUGAGGUUAUUUGGACCUGCAUAUUUCGCUGCAUCGUGUUGCUGUAACAUAUAAAGUGUUGCUUAGUAUUCAGUAUAUGCAAUUUUGAGAUACUGUAUCUUUAUUUAAACUGAGUGUCAUUUUCUGACUAUAUAUUUUAGCUAGAAAAUGAAAAGGAUGUUUUUUAGUUUUACACUGAGAACCAGACAAAGAGCUUUUGUAACAAAUAAACCAUAACCCUAUUAAUAAAUGCAAGUGUCUACAUUUAUUUCUUUUGUAAAAUUGUUUCUCUAAGGUAGGGGUUUUACAUUUUUUAAAUACCCCAAAAUAUGAUUAUUCUUGUGCAAGGGA